AAGACAUGACUUCUGCUUCCCAAACGGGUCGUCAAAUCAACUAUCCAGAAUACGAGAACUUUCUGGAGCACCUGAAAAACAAGGGCGGCCCAUUCAAAUUCGUGACUGCCACAAAAAAUUUUCCGGUUGGCUCGAAAGUUGGUACCGCGCCAAAAACGAGAAGUCUAGCGGAAAUUCGAAAAUCCGUGUUGGAAUCUCCGAGGGUUAAGAGCGUCAUCAGCGAGGAGACCCUUCGUCGAAAAUGCAGUCCGGAUCUAGUUCGAAAGGAGGCAGAGGAGAUCCUGGAUGAGAUGUCCCAUACCUUUAAUUUAUAUAAUGUCCGAUCAUUUGGCUACGCAGUUUGCAAGGCUAUGGAGAAGCUUUACGAUGGGAUUUAUGUAAACGAGAAGAAGCUUCUGGAGAUCCGAGAACGCAGUAAGAAGGACUGUGUGAUUUUUAUGCCAUCACACAAGACGUACUUUGAUUUCCUGCUCCUGUCACUCAUCUGCUUUCAAUAUGACAUUCAAUUGCCGGCGAUUGCCGCGGGACAGGACUUUAUGAGCAUGAAGUUUAUGGCUGGCGUGUUGCGACGGUCUGGCGCAUUUUUUAUGAGACGAUCGUUUGGGACGGACCAACUCUACUGGGCUGUCUUCUCCGAGUAUGUGCAAACCCACGUUGUCAAUAACGACAGAACCGUCGAAUUUUUCGUGGAAGCCACCCGUUCCCGUGUUGGAAAAUCUCUUCAUCCCAAAUAUGGAAUGCUCCAAAUGGUGCUGGAGCCAUAUCUACGUGGCUCCGUCUACGAUAUUGUCAUUGUGCCGGUUUCGAUGAACUAUGACAAAAUCCUCGAGGAAAAGCUCUAUGCUUAUGAGCUUCUGGGCUUUCCGAAACCAAAAGAGUCAACUGGAGCUCUACUGAAAGCCCGGGAAAUGUUGAAGAUCACACAUGGAAGUUGCUUCUUAACAUUCGGAGAGCCAAUUUCCGUCCGAGACCAUUUCGGUGUCAGCCUUCACCGGAAUACGUUUGUCUGUCAGCCAGACUCACAAUUUGUGCUCGACGCGCAGGCGAAGCUGGAGAUCAAAAGGUUCGCGCAUCGAGUCGUGGGAAUUCACAAUCAGAAUGCGGUGAUUACGGUCUGGAGUGUGGCGUGUAUGGCUAUUUUACAGACUUUUGAUAGGGAUGAUCAGGCGAUUAUCACAUACUGCGGAUUGUAUACGGAUGUUAAUAAUCUUAUCAUUUUGCAAAAUCAUCUUGGCACAGUUGUUAACAUUCAGGGAAAUUUGGACAAAAAUUUACGCUACUACCUAACAAUGCACGCAGAUUUAUUCGAGCCAUUUGAAGGCUCCGCUCCCGAUUUUCAGCUGAAAUUUAUCGCUUUUCCGGUGGCUCAUCAGAAGCAGGAUGUUCCUAUCAAAAUUAUGGAGAGAGCAGUGAGCCGGCUCAUUUUGACAACCUAUUCGAAUGGGAUGGUACAUGCUGUGGACAGUGAGGGCAUCAUUUGCACAAUCUUGAGAAAUUCUGGAAUAACGGACGUGGCGAAGGUGAAGGAAGAGUUUUGCUGGCUCCAUUUCCUAAUGAAACGAGAGUUUGUGACGGUUCCCGGAGAGCUUCCCCAACUAUUUGACGCAACUCUCGAUAUUCUGAGAGCUUCUGAAAUCUUGCAAUUCACCGAUGAUAAUAAAAUCGAAAUCCUAGACGAGAAAAAUGCAGAAGUGUUGAGCAAGCUUGUGCUCCCAUAUUUUUAUAAUUUUGAGAUAGCGUUUAACGUGUUUUCCGAGAAGAAGCCAAUGGUUUCCAGUUUAUCAGAGAUGGUGGGAACUGUGCAGAAGAAUAUUAGUGAAGCAUAUCAAGAUCGCUUACCCAACAUCCGACUAUCAUUCCUAUCAACUGAGCCUAUCAAAAAUGCAUUCGCCGCACUGACGGAUUUUGGAGUAUUUGAGAACUCGAACACCGGAAUGCGGCCAAACUUUGGGAAGCUCCACCAAAUCAAGAAUCGAUUGCAGAGGUUCACACAGUCGGAGAAUCAUUUGGCAAAGUUAUAGGAACUUUAUGAAUAAAAAUUUUUGAACUAUG